AACAGCAAUGACAAAACAACAAAGAAAAACUAAAGAAGGCGGCAGAUGGCUUUCAAUUGGAGAAUUCUGAUAUGACGACAUGUUAUGGAUUUCUUUGAGUUGCAGUUGGAACAUGGGUUUCUCAAUUAGCUAUUUUACUAUUUGAUUUCUGUGCCUGAGCGUAUGGUUAACAUAUCCAUUUGUGGCUUACAUGUCAUUGUGGCAUACAUGUCAAAUGUCAAAAAUUUAUUGUAAUUGUAGUAGAUAUCCUCCAUUGGCAGCAAUUGCUCAUAGGAGAGGAAGUAUAGCAAAUGCAUUCUGGGGAUUACUUAUAAGACAAGAAGCUUGAGGACUGGUGUGUCCUCGCGGGCUUGGAAUUACUAGGUAGAGAUUGGAUUAGCAAAGGAGUUAGAAUGAAGGAUUUAAAUCUUUGUCAUAGUUAGUGCGGAGGUAUAGAAAAUGCAUUCUGGGGUUUGUGGAUGUGAAAUAUUGAAGUUAAAGAAACUGAAAGUGGUAAGCUGUAAAACACAAAAGAAGGAAAACGGUUCAGAUGAUGCUUCUACUGGUGUGAAAUCAGUUCCCACUACAGUAGUGGCUUGUAGCAAUGGUGACGCCUUCCCAUGCUUUCACAUGAUGGAUGCUGUGGCAGGCUGCGGAUGCUAUUUUCCGCGGUGUUUGUAAUUAUUGAAAGGUUGUGGACUGGAUAAUUCUUUGCUAGGAUGGGUGGAAGUUAAUGGCUUGGAGAGCGAUAUAGAAGAACAACACUGAUCCUCUAUUUGGGAAUAUGCUGAGGACCUAUGCGAAUUUAUUGGCAAGGGAGACAUUGAUACUGAACUUCUGAAGGAGACUAUGAAUGUGAUGAAAGGCAAAGGCAAUUAAAAUUGGUGUUUGCAGAAAAAUUGAUUGAUGGAAACCUUAAGGAAGAUGGUGCAUCUUCUGGUUGUAUGUGACAGCCUUGUGGCAAUGUUUUUCAGACUCAUUACUGGAAGUUCCUGGCUCAAUGGUUUGUCGAUGCUUUUCAGGAAAAUUUCGAUUGUCAUGGACUGGGAUUUGUUUCAUUUAAAAAAUUGAGUAUAAUCAAUGUGGAGAAUGUUUGGCCCAUCAAUAUAAUUGGAAGGGAAUUUCACUCCAUAGCCAGUAUUGGCACUAUGAUCAUAGUAAUUGAGAAGUAUUGAUGUUACAAGUGGUGUCACUGGGGCGAGGAAACUCUAUGUAGAUCUUAUGGUUAGGCGAGGUUGGUUUUGUAAGCCAUGACAAUCAGGUAUUUCGGACGGCUUUGAGCAAUAGAUUAGCAAAAGUGCAAGGUUUUUUGUUUCGUGCUGCUUUUCUUCGGCGCGUUCCACUAUUCUUCCGGCUGAUUUCAGAAAAUAUCCUAUUAUGCUUUCUUCUUUCCAUGAUACACUCUACUUCAAAGUACAUAACGGGGACACUCAGUCUGCAGUUUAGGAAGAUAUUGACAAAAUUGAUCCAUACCCAUUACUUUGAGAAUAUGGCAUACUACAAAAUAUCCCAUGUUGAUGGGCGGAUAUCUAAUCCAGAGCAACGGAUCGCAAGUGAUGUGCCAAGGUUCUGUUCAGAAUUGAGCGAUCUUGUGCAGGACGACCUGACAGCUGUAGCAGAUGGCCUGCUUUAUACCUGGCGCCUUUGUUCUUAUGCUAGCCCAAAAUACGUUUUUUGGAUUUUGGCAUAUGUAAUGGGGGCAGGGGUCAUGAUCAGAAAUUUCUCUCCUCCUUUUGGGAAACUAAUGUCCAAAGAGCAACAACUGGAAGGAGAAUAUCGGCAGGUCCAUUCUCGGUUGAGGACCCAUGCAGAAAGUAUAGCAUUUUAUGGCGGAGAAAAGAGAGAAGCAUCUCAUAUUCAGCAGAAGUUUAAAAAUCUGGUGAAGCACAUGAGAAUUGUCCUUCAUGACCAUUGGUGGUUCGGAAUGAUCCAAGACUUCUUGUUGAAAUAUCUUGGCGCUACAGUUGCUGUUAUCUUGAUUAUAGAACCUUUCUUUGCUGGUGACCUUAGACCCGACACUUCAACUCUGGGACGUGCUGAAAUGUUGAGCAAUUUGAGAUACCAUACUAGUGUCAUCAUAUCCUUGUUUCAAUCUCUCGGUACACUGUCUAUAAGUUCGAGACGGCUCAAUCGUCUGAGUGGUUAUGCAGACCGCAUUCAUGAAUUAAUGGUCAUAUCAAGAGAGCUAAGUGCUGCUACUGAAAAAUAUUCUUCCCGAGGAAAUGGAAACCAAAGUUGCUUCAGUGAAGCUAAUUUCAUAGAAUUUUCUGGUGUCAAGGUUGUCACCCCGACUGGCAAUGUUUUGGUGAAGGAUUUAACUCUAAGGGUUGAAUCAGGGUCAAAUCUUCUGAUUACAGGACCAAAUGGCAGUGGGAAGAGUUCGCUUUUUCGAGUUCUAGGAGGCCUGUGGCCACUUGUAUCUGGCCGUAUUGCAAAACCAGGAGUUGGUUCUGACCUGAAUAAGGAGAUAUUCUACGUGCCGCAACGACCGUACACCGCUGUUGGCACUCUUCGUGACCAGCUGAUUUAUCCUCUUACAGCAGAUCAAGAAGUUGAGCCACUCACACACAGUGGAAUGGUGGAGCUGAUGAAAAAUGUUGAUCUGGAAUAUUUGUUGGACCGUUAUCCACCAGAGGAAGAGAUAAAUUGGGGUGAUGAAUUAUCUUUGGGGGAGCAGCAGAGAUUAGGGAUGGCUAGGUUAUUCUACCACAAGCCUAAGUUUGCAAUUCUUGAUGAGUGCACAAGUGCUGUGACAACAGAUAUGGAGGAACGGUUUUGUGCUAAAGUUCUUGCUAUGGGAACGUCAUGUAUAACCAUAUCGCAUAGGCCUGCACUGGUCGCAUUUCAUGACGUGGUUUUGUCCCUUAAUGGUGAAGGAGGCUGGAGUGUGCACUACAAGAGGGAGGAUUCUCCUGUCCUCACUGAAGCUGGAAGCAAUGGGAUUAAGUCUUCCGAGACAGAACGCCAGAAUGACGCAAUGGCUGUCCAGCGAGCAUUUGCAACCAACACAAAGGACGCUGCAUUUUCAAAUACAAAGGAACAGUCAUAUAUAUCAGAAGUGAUUGCAAGAUCUCCUUCUACAGACAAUCGCAGUUCAAUGCCUCUUGUCCCACAACUUAAGAGCACACCGAGGAUAUUGCCAUUGAGAGUAGCUGCCUUAUUCAAAGUAUUGGUACCAACAGUGUUUGAUAAACAAGGUGCACAACUUCUUGCUGUUGCUGUUCUUGUAUUAUCAAGAACAUGGAUAUCAGAUCGUAUUGCCUCAUUGAAUGGAACCACUGUGAAGUAUGUCUUAGAGCAGGACAAGGCAUCUUUCAUUCGGCUUAUUGGUGUUAGUGUCCUGCAAAGUGCUGCAUCUUCCUUCAUUGCACCUUCUUUGAGGCAUUUGACACAAAGGCUAGCCCUUGGGUGGAGGAUACGCCUGACUCAACAUUUACUGAAGAAUUAUCUUAGAAACAAUGCGUUCUAUAAGGUCUUCCACAUGUCGAGCAGAAAUAUAGAUGCUGACCAGAGGAUAACUACCGAUCUUGAAAAGUUAACUAUUGAUUUAUCAGGAUUGGUUACCGGAAUGGUAAAGCCAUCUGUUGACAUUCUCUGGUUCACCUGGCGAAUGAAGCUUUUGACGGGUCAGAGAGGUGUUGCCAUAUUGUAUGCUUACAUGUUGCUAGGUUUGGGUUUCUUAAGGACUGUGACUCCUGACUUUGGCGACCUGACUAGUCAACAACAACAAUUAGAAGGAACCUUUAGGUUCAUGCAUGAAAGGCUGCGCACACAUGCUGAAUCUGUAGCUUUCUUUGGUGGUGGUGCCCGAGAAAAAGCCAUGGUUGAGUCGAGAUUUCAUGAGCUUCUACAUCACUCUGAAUUGCUUUUGAAGAAAAAAUGGCUAUUUGGCAUCCUGGAUGAUUUUAUCACCAAGCAACUACCCCAUAAUGUUACAUGGGGCCUGAGCUUGUUGUAUGCUAUAGAACACAAGGGAGACAGGGCCUUGAUUUCUACUCAAGGUGAGCUGGCGCAUGCUUUGCGGUUCUUAGCAUCUGUAGUUUCUCAGAGCUUUUUAGCAUUUGGCGAUAUUCUCGAGUUGCACAGAAAAUUCCUUGAGCUCUCUGGUGGUAUUAAUCGGAUUUUUGAGCUUGAAGAGCUUCUAGAUGCUGCUGCUCAGUCUGGGGUAUCUGCAUCUGAUGCCAUAUUGCCAUCAAAAAGCAGCAAUCUUCAUUCUGAAGACGUCAUUUCAUUCUAUAAAGUGGACAUCAUUACCCCGGCACAGAAAUUGCUUGCCAGGAAGCUGACAUGUGAUAUUGUAUCUGGAAAGAGCUUACUUGUUACUGGUCCCAACGGUAGCGGCAAGAGUUCCGUUUUUAGAGCUCUGCGAGGUCUUUGGCCCAUUGUUAGUGGAAGACUCACAAAACCAUCCCAAUCAAUUAGUGAAGCAAGAUCAGGUUGUGGGAUUUUCUAUGUUCCCCAACGGCCUUAUACAUGCUUAGGAACUCUGAGGGAUCAAAUUAUAUAUCCACUUUCACGUGAGGAAGCAGAGAUCAGACUAUCACAGUUUCAUGGAAGUGAUCAGAGAUCAGAUGACUCAACCCACCUAGACAUGCAUCUGAAAACUAUUCUUGAGAACGUCAGAUUAAAUUACCUUCUGGAGAGGGAGGGAGGUAGUUGGGAUGCUAAUAAUAAUUGGGAAGAUGUCCUUUCUCUAGGAGAACAACAGAGAUUGGGCAUGGCUCGUUUAUUCUUCCAGAAGCCCCUGUUUGGCAUUCUCGACGAGUGCACUAAUGCCACGAGUGUUGAUGUCGAGGAACACUUGUACAGGCUUGCGGCUGAUAUGGGAAUAACUGUUGUCACUUCCUCACAGCGUCCUGCUCUUAUUCCUUUCCACACGUUGGAAUUGCGGCUUAUCGACGGUGAGGGUAACUGGGAACUGCGUCUAAUCAAGCAAUGAUUCUCAUUAAGGUGACAUGUGCCGUUCGAAGAGGUAUAUCCCUGCGUCCUUCAAAAAUAUUUAGAACCACAGCCAUCUUCGGAGGAUUGCAUAGUUUUGAUGCAUACUUAAAGCUGCGUUAGCUCAUUUUUACCUAUCAGGCUGGAUGUGAAAGUAAGCUAGUAGCCUUUGUCUUGAAUGGAUGGAUAUGGAUGAAGAUGGCAUACAUAACCCAAAUAAAACUCAGUCAAGAACUUACUAUGUACAGUAUUUCUUUUUUCCUUCUGCAUCAUUAUCAUAGUCAUAGUUUAUGUAGUUUAGUCCUGUUGAUUCAAGACCAAUUUUCUGAUUGAUUCUGUAAGAUGAACCCCUGAUUAUAUUAAAUUAGCCCCACUAAAUAAGCCAGCGGGGAAAGAAUAUCUU